GUCCGUUAACACAUUAGUUUUUGUAGUGAUACCAAAUUCUUUCAUAACAUCAUUUAUUUUGAAAUUUUUUUCAAUAUGGCCGUUCCAAAAUUUGGAAAAUGCAAUAUUCCGGCUGUGGGUUACGGUACGUUUUCCAUUGUCGAUGAAGAAGUACUAGAAAAGGCCCUAGGAGCUGCCAUCGAAACAGGUUACAGGCAUAUAGAUACAGCUCAUACUUAUGAUAACGAGCAUUUGAUAGGGAAAGUGUUAAAAAAAUGGUUUGAUUCUGGAAAGUUACGUAGAGAAGACAUUUUUAUCACAACAAAACUACCGCCACAUGGCGUUCAUCCUGAUAGAGUUGAAAAGUUUUUGAAGGAAUCUUUGGAAAAGUUGCAGCUUGAUUAUAUUGAUCUCUACUUGAUACAUUUUCCAGUUACAACCAAAACUAGGUUACAUGUGCUUCCAUUGGAGGUUGAACCCACAGAUCAUCUAGCAGUUUGGAAAAAACUAGAAGAACAAGUUGACUUGGGACGGGUCAAAAACAUCGGCCUGUCAAAUUUCAACCAAAGACAAGUCGCCAGAAUUCUGGAACAUUCCAGAAUUAAACCAGCAGCCAACCAGGUUGAGCUUCAUGUGUAUUUACAACAGCCUGAACUAGUAAAAUUCUGUCUGGACAACGGUGUAGCCUUGGUCUCGUAUUUUUCAUUGGGAAAUCCAGGAAUUGCCAAAUUCUUUGCCGCACAUGGCUCCGGACAGUAAGCAAUUGUAGUUUUCAAAA